GAUUUUCUGCCGCUAAGGAACGGCUGCUGAGAGGAUCCAAAUCCGCAACCCCCACAUGCAACGACGUUCCUCCACCAGUGACAGCGACGGCAACUCUCCACCAGCGGCGGCGACGAUUCACCACUAGCAGCGUCGAGGGACCACAACGAUUCUCGUCCCUUCCAGAGAUUGCCCACUGGCAGCGUUGAGCGACACCAACAAUGAUUCUUCCCUGGCAACGUCAGCGACGUACCCCUGUGUUUACUGUCGUUGGUACUAUUGUUGCUUAUUUCUCUCUCUAUCUCUCUUAUCAUCACUAUCAUCUCCUGCAAUCCUUGGCUUCGUUCAUUUUUCUUUUUUGAGCUUUUGUUUUUCAAUUUUGCUUUCUCUCACAUUCGAUUGUGGUGGUUAGGAAAAUGUUGAAAUUGAUUUCUGACUUUGAUUUGUGCUCUUGAUUUCUGCAUCUAUUGCUAUAUCCAUUUAAAUCUGAUUUUUGGACAAUCUCCGGCGAUGGUAGGGGUCGUGGGACGAUGGUUCAGGGAUCUAGCCGAGUGGAGGGCGGUUCUGAAAGCUGAUAUUGCAGAUCCAUACGACGUCGUUGCAGUUGCAGUGGAGCCUUGCUGCCUUGGAGGCGAAUACAGAAAUAGGAGAGUUGUGGACUGUGGAGAGAACCAGAAAAGCUCACGAGUUUCAGUUACAGAGAGGUCUUGGUAGUAAGCGAAGUCCAUGAGACGAUGGUACGUCUUAUUCAUUUGAUUCUCCAUGCUUUGCUACGUGCUUUCAUGCUGGAUCCGUAAUGAAAGCACUUCUAGCUCUCUCAAAGUCAUGGUUUCGCCCCAAGACAAUCACUAGUAUCUUCUUCCAUAGUAAAUCUUUUUCUUACCGAUCCGAAACCUGUAUAAUUUCUCUUAUUCAUGCCUCAAGAACUAGCCGGCAACUCCGAGAAAUUCAUGCUCAAAUACUCAUUUCCAACCUCUUCUCAAGCAGUCGAGUUACAACCCAGUUCAUAUCUUCCUGUUCUCUCCUCAAAUCCAUUAAUUAUGCAUUUGCGAUCUUUGAGCAGUAUCAGGAUAAAAACUUGUUUGUUUGCAAUGCUUUGAUUCGUGGGCUUUGUGAAAAUGACGAGUUUGAAGGUGCAAUUUAUUUCUUUGGUCUCAUGUUGAGGUUGAAUGUUAGGCCCGACCAGUUAACAUUUCCAUUCAUACUAAAAUCAGCCGCGGCUUUGCUCUUGGCCAAGCUCGGUGAUUGUCUUCAUGGUGCGAUUCUGAAAUUUGGCCUGGAAUUUGAUUCAUUUGUUCGAGUUUCCUUGGUGGAUAUGUACGUUAAAGUAGAGAAGUUGGGUUCUGUAUUAAAACUGUUUGAUGAAACGCCUCAGACUAUAAAGCGUAGGAGCAUACUGUUGUGGAAUGUUUCUAUUAAUGGGUGUUGUAAAAUGGGAGAUUUGGACAAGGCUGGAGAACUUUUUGAAGGCAUGCCUGAAAAAAAUGUUGGGUCUUGGAAUACUUUAAUAAAUGGGUUUGCAAGAAAUGGUGAUAUGAAUGCAGCAAGAGAGCUAUUUAAUCAAAUGAAGGAGAAGAAUGUGGUCUCUUGGACCACAAUGAUAAAAGGUUUUUCUCAAAACGGAGAACAUAGAGAGGCAUUGUCAUUUUUCUCUAGAAUGCUUGAAGAAGGCGUAAGUCCGAAUGAUCUCACUAUUGUUUCUGCUCUUUCAGCUUGUGCAAAAAUUGGUGCACUUGAGGCUGGAAUACAAAUUCACAAUUAUAUCUCAAAUUCUGGUUUCUUCAUCACUAAAUCAAUUGGAAAUGCUCUAGUGGAUAUGUAUGCCAAAUGUGGGAAGAUCGAGGCUGCAAGUGAGGUUUUUAGUAACAUGAAACAAAAGGACCUUCUAACUUGGAGUAUUAUGCUAUGGGGACGGGCAAUCCAUGGCCACCAUGGGCAAGUUCUGCGGGGCUUUGAACAGAUGAAAUCUACAGGGCUGAGACCAGACUCUGUCGUCUUCCUUGCCAUCCUAACCGCAUGCUCACACACUGGGCAAGUUCAUGCAGGAUUACGCUUCUUCAACAGUAUGAGAUACGAGUAUGCCAUUGAGCCAACAAUGAAACAUUAUGCGUUAGUGAUAGAUCUCUUAGGAAGAGCAGGUAGACUCGAUGAAGCAAUGGAGUUCGUCCAAAGCAUGCCAGUGGCCCCUGAUUUUGUCAUAUGGGGAGCGUUAUUCUGUGCUUGUAGGGCUCACAAAAAUAUAAAAAUGGCAGAAUUGGUCUCAGACAAGCUCUUGCAGCUUGAAUCAAAGCACCCUGGCAGCUAUGUCUUUUUGUCAAAUGUUUAUGCCACGGUUGGGCGAUGGGAUGAUGUAGAGAGAGUAAGAAUUUUGAUGCAAAGAAGUGGAGUGGAAAAGGAUCCUGGAUGUAGUUAUAUCGAGGUAGAUGGGCAAGUGCACAGUUUUGUUGCUGGGGAUCAAGAUCAUAAGCAAGCUAAAGAUAUAUAUGUGAAAUUAGAGGAAAUAAUGUCAGGAGCUCGGAAAGAAGGUUACGUGCCUGAAACUGAUUGGGUGCUCCAUAAUAUUGAGGAGGAAGAGAAGGAGGAAUCUUUAGGAAGGCAUAGUGAGAAAUUGGCUCUUGCUUUUGGUCUCAUCAGUACUGCUCCUGGGGCGACUAUUAGGAUUGUGAAGAACUUGAGAAUAUGUGGCGAUUGCCAUUUUAUAAUGAAAUGUGCUAGCAAAAUGAGUCAAAGAGAAAUUGUAUUAAGAGACUUGAAGAGAUUUCAUCAUUUUAGGAAUGGUACUUGCUCAUGUGGAGAUUUCUGGUGACAUUUGAAGUAUUGCAGAUUAAAAAUAGUAUCUUAUCACAUGUUUUGAACUGAUUAA